AUGUAUUAUAAACAUCUCAAAACUCCGGCAGUCCUACUCCGAGGUCAAAAUCUAAGACCUUAUCGCCACUUCUUUGCUGUCAGCUCCAAAGCUCUCAUGGCAACCAGCAACCUCGAGCCGGGUUCCAAAGUUUACCUCGUUGACUACCUAUACCAAAUUCAAAAAGCAGAGGCUCGCUACUAUUCAAACAUCAGAGAUGACUAUGGGAUAUCGAAAAAUGUCCUAAAGAUCUCCAAUAAUGGUUCAGAUUCCAAUUAUCACUGGAUCAGAUGCGAAUGGUGGCUGAUGAAGGGAGUGGACAAGCUGGUACGGUUUUGCAAUCAAGCGGAGCAAGCAAUGACUCACUUGGAAGCGCUGGCCACUGUGGUCGAUUUAAUCCGACAACAAACACGUUCUGUAUCGAGUAUCAUCAAUAUAGAGCCGAGUGCGGCACUGGUGCUCAAUACAUCCGUACAGCCGAGUGAUGAGAAUCGAGAGCGACUAGAAGAGGUGAUGUUAGAAGAGUUCCUCUCAGGAAAAAAGCCAGAUUCACUUGACUAG